AUGGACCAACCUUAUCAGGAGGCGAACUACGAACAACACCAACAAAAUGUAAUUUCCAACCCUUUAACAAGUCCAAACGAAAAUGCAACCCGUAGUGAUGAACACCUGCAAAGCAUUGAUAGUGCACAACAAUUACUGCAGCAGAUGUACUCGGACCAACAACCAAAUCAGAAACAACAACAACAACAACAGCAGCAGCAGCAACAGGAACAACAGCAGCAGCAACAGCAAAGUUAUUUUGGGUCUCAACAAGGACCAAAUUUAACUCAACAAUCGCAGGUAAGUCAACACGGAUCGUAUAAUUAUAGUUCAUAUCAGCUGUCACCACAGGAACCAGUAUCAACAUACCCAGCUGUGUCAUCGCUUCUAUCACUUCCGCCACCUCCACUACAACAAUUGUCUCAUGUACCUCUACAAAAUUCAAAUUAUGUUCCAAAUACAUAUCAGCAGCUUCCUGCACAAAGCCCAUAUUCCAAUCCAGCAUCCAUUCCACAAUCCCAGCGUCAACAAUCAUUAUCUCAAUUAUCAUCUGAAGUUAACGGACUGUUGGACCAACAACGUCGUUUAGUUGACGACAGAUUUGAAGGAGCCAAUAAUCAUGAAAAAAAUGCUGUAGCUCCAAUGCUGUCCUUACAUGUACAGCAGCAGCAGCAAUUAUUCUCAAAACACAAUAGGAUAUACCAUCGUCACUCAGAUGCUGCAAUCCCCUCAUCAUCACAGCCGGUACUAGCCAGUAGUGAAAAGUUUUUAAAAAACGGAUUUAAGAGGAGUAUGAGCUAUAACAACAGCAAUAACAGCAACAACAGCAACAACAACAACAGCAACAACGAUAACAACGAUAACAAUAGCGAAAACGGCGGCAGCAGCAGCAAUAACAACAACAACACUAAUAACAGUACUGACGCCCAUUCAUCCGCCAAACUUGUUUCUGGUGAAUUUCUGGGACAACAAAUAGUGACAUCAAAUUGUACAAGAUGUAAAAAGGAAUUUUGUCAACCAUUAAUUGCUCUAAAAGCCAACGAUAACCACAAGUCAUUUGUCGGACCUAAAAUUUUUAAAUUGUGCCAUCAUUGUAGAGAUUUGCAACGUCAAAGAUCAAGAAGAUGGCAAAAAAAAACAAAGGACAAGCAAGGUGUUUGUAGAAGGUGUGGUUCUGAAAUUCCAUUUAAUGAAAGGAAAUUCGUUUUAUGUCCCGUGUGUAGACAGAAUCUAAGAACCAGAAAAGCAAGUCGAGCAGCACAGGGUAAAUGUGUUCAUUGUUCCGGGCCAUUAGAUUCAUCGAUAUCGAUCAAAAAUGAAGAACGUGAUGGUGAUGGUGAAGGUGACGGUGAUGGUGAUAGCAAUGAGAAUGGGAAUGGUGACCGUAGCAGUGGUCGUGAUGGUGUUGCCACAUCUGAAUUCCCGUCUCUUCUGGCAGAAGAGAACAAAACCGGUACUGGUAAGAGCAGUAACAAUUACAAAGUUUGUCAGCGAUGUCGGGAAAACGAUAAAAUUAGAAGAGCAAAUUUGGAAAAGAUGGGCAAUUGUAACAGAUGUGCUAGGGCAUUGGAUAUGAGUGAUUAUGGAACUCAUAAAGUUUGUUCAAAUUGCAGAAGCAAGAAGAAGAGAAAUUCAAAGUCCUUCCCUUCAAGUAAUGAAUUCUACACGUCAGGAACAGUACUUCCCCAAAUAUCAUCGCAGCUGGCCUCUCAUGAUCAGUCUAGCUCUUUAACAUCUAUGGGUAGUGUGCAAAGUGUUUCCACGAAUAAUUCUGAUCCACAAUACAAUAACGGCUUAGUAGUACCACAUCAGCAUCAAUAUCAACAUCAACAUCAAUAUCAACCUCAACAAUCAAGUCAUUAUUCACAGACAUAUUUACCUUAUCCGCCUCUGUAUUCUAGUCAAUUACCUACAAUUCAGUCAGGAAUGAUUCAACAAGGCGCACACCCUCCACCACCAUCGUCAUCAACAUCAUCAACAUCUCAACAACCUUACUUUUCUGGUGUCCCACAAUUUCCAAUUCAGCAGAGGUCCCAGUAUUAUUCUUCACCCAGUCAACUUCACCUGCUUUCUCAUCAUUCCCAGCAAGAACAAUCACUGGAACAACAAUACCAACAAAAGGAGUAUUAUUCUACUUCUAGCCAACCCUAA